AGUCAUAUGUCACAAUAAAUUCGAAAUUCGGGAAUUAUUUCGCGUGGACGUGGAAAUGUUCAUUGUUUUAUUAAAUUAGAAAUAGAAAGAAUAAUUAAAUCAUGAGUGACAAAGAUGCCCAAAACUGUCCCCCAGGCGACCAACCACAAGAAAAGUCCGCUAAACAAUUGGAAAAAGAAGCUAAAAAGGCUGCUAAAUUAGAAAAACUUAAAGCCAAAUUGGAUAAGAAAAGUACUGCGCCAGCUGCACCAAAAGAAAAAGCUGAGAAAAAAGUUAAAGAAACAAAGGAAAGUGCAGUAUAUACAGCAAAUACUGCACCUGGAGACAAAAAAGACAUCAAUGGUCCUAUGCCAGACGCUUACAGCCCCAAGUAUGUUGAGGCUGCAUGGUAUUCAUGGUGGGAGAAGCAAGGAUUCUUCAAACCUGAGUACGGGAAAAAGUCUGUAUUGGAGCCAAACCCCAAUGGUCAAUUUAUUAUGGUCAUUCCACCACCAAAUGUGACAGGGAGCUUGCAUCUCGGCCAUGCUCUCACAAAUGCCGUUGAAGAUGCUAUUACCAGAUGGCACAGAAUGAAUGGUCGAACAACUCUUUGGAAUCCCGGCUGCGAUCACGCCGGUAUCGCGACGCAGGUUGUGGUGGAGAAGAAGUUAUGGAGAGAGGAGAAGAAGACAAGACAUGAGCUGGGUAGAGAGGAGUUUAUCAAGCGUGUCUGGAAAUGGAAAGAAGAAAAAGGUGGCCGAAUCUAUGAACAGCUGCGUUCGCUUGGUUCAUCCCUAGACUGGUCGAGAGAACGGUUCACAAUGGACCCGGUGAUGUGCCGAGCUGUGAAUGAAGCAUUCAUUCGUUUACAUGACUCCGGUGAUAUAUACCGGGCUAACAGACUCGUGAACUGGUCGUGUACUUUGAAGAGCGCCAUCUCCGAUAUUGAAGUGGACAAAGUGGAAUUGCCUGGACGUACUAUGUUGUCUAUUCCGGGUUACGAUAAUAAAGUGGAAUUUGGUGUGCUGGUGCACUUCGCCUAUCGAGCUGAAGAUGGCGGUGCUGAAGUGGUGGUGGCCACCACUCGUGUUGAGACCAUGCUGGGUGACGUGGCUGUAGCCGUGCAUCCCAAUGAUGAGAGAUACAAGAGUUUAAUAGGCAAGAUGCUGGUCCAUCCAAUUCUGAACAGGAAGCUGCCUGUGAUCGCUGACGAGUACGUCGACAUGACUUUUGGAACUGGUGCCGUGAAAAUAACGCCCGCCCACGAUCAGAACGACUAUGAGAUCGGGAAGCGGCACAAUCUGCCCUUCAUCAACAUAUUCGACGACGAGGGCAAGCUGCUGGACAAUUGUGGACCUUUCUCGGGCAAAAAGCGUUUCGACGUUCGCCGCGAGAUAAUUAAAGUGCUAGAAGAGAAGAAAUUGUACCGCGAGACGAAAGACCACGCGAUGGUGGUGCCGCUCUGCAGCCGCUCCAAGGACGUGGUGGAGCCCAUGCUGAAGCCGCAGUGGUAUAUACGCUGCGACAAAAUGGCCGCGGACGCGAUCCAAGCGGUGAAAAAUGGCGAUCUGAAGAUAAUACCGGAUUCCCACGAGAAGACCUGGUACCACUGGAUGGAGAACAUACGGGACUGGUGCAUCUCGCGCCAGCUCUGGUGGGGCCACCAGAUACCCGCGUACCGGGUAACUGUGCCGGAAAAGGGCAGCGAGGCGAGCGCGGGCGGCCGGCCGCAGCGGCGGCGCACGCGCACGGGGCGGCGCAAGGCGGCGCGCCGCGUGCGCCCGCGCGCGCGCCCGCCGCACAUUCCUCAGACUGAAGAACUUUGGGUAUCAGCGCACUCGCAGGCGGAAGCGUUGCAAAAAGCAUCGGCGAAGUACAACGCCCCAGUGGAGGACAUAACCCUGAAGCGAGAUGAUGAUGUACUGGACACCUGGUUCUCGUCAGGGCUGUUCCCGUUCGCUAUAUUCGGCUGGCCGGAUAAUACUGAUGAUUUGAAGGCUUUCUACCCGACAACAUUGCUGGAGACUGGCCAUGACAUCCUGUUCUUCUGGGUGGCGAGGAUGGUCUUCUUUGGCCAGCGGCUUAUGGGCAAAUUACCUUUCAAGGAAGUCUACCUCCACCCCAUGGUGCGGGACGCGCACGGCCGGAAGAUGUCCAAAUCGCUGGGCAACGUGAUAGAUCCGGUGGACGUGGUGACCGGCAUCACGUUGGAACAGCUGCACGAUCAGCUCGCCGAGUCGAACCUGGAUCCCCGGGAGGUGGAGAAGGCCAAGCUGGGACAGAAGCAGGACUACCCCAAUGGGAUACCGGAGUGCGGGACUGAUGCGCUUAGGUUCGCCCUCUGCGCAAUGACGCAGGGCCGCGACCUGAACCUGGACAUCCUGCGCGUGCAGGGCUACCGGUUCUUCUGCAACAAGCUGUGGAACGCCACCAAGUUCGCGCUCAUGUACUUCCCGAAGGACACUGUUUAUGAGGUGCACGCGCCCGGCCCGCUACCGGAGGAGCUGUCGAUGGUGGACAAGUGGAUGAUGUCCAGGUUGGCGGUGGCCGUGAGCAAAGUGAACGAGGGUUUCAGAAACUACGACCUCCCGUCGGCCACCACGCACUGCUACAAUCUGUGGCUGUACGAUCUGUGCGACGUGUACUUGGAGUACCUGAAGCCGGUGUUCGCGCAGGGCUCCGCCCACGAGCAGGGCGCCGCGCGGCGCACGCUGUACACGGCGCUGGAGUGCGGCCUCAAGCUGAUCAGCCCGUUCAUGCCGUUCGUCAGCGAGGAGCUUUACCAGCGGCUGCCGCGGCGACACGCGGCCAGCCCGUCCGUGUGCGUCGCGCCUUAUCCCACCGAUGCGGACACACCAUGGCAGUGCAAGGAGUUGGAAUCAGAUGUGGAGCAAGUGAUGAAGAUGGUCCACGCGAUCCGGUCCACCAGGUCGGAGUACACCAUUCCGAAUAAGACCAAAACUGAUGUCUAUCUUGUACUUAGCGAUGACAUGCAACAUUUGAAAGAGGUGUUCCAAAAGAUGGAAUGUCUCGCCAACAGUCGGUUCGUGGCAGGCGCGCCGCCGAGCGGCUGCUCUAUCCUGCCGAUAUCGGAUAAAAUUGAAGUGCAUCUGUUCUUGAAGGGUCUAAUCGACGCGGAAAAAGAAAUAACGAAACUUGAGAAGAAGAAAGACAAUUUGGAGCAAUCGUUGAAAAAGUUAAAACAAGCGAUGUCCGUAGACGACUACGCUAACAAAGUCCCCGCGGAUGUACAAAAGGCCAACUCGGAGAAACUCGUACAAACUGAAGGCGAAAUAGACAAACUCAAUAAAGCUAUACAAACGUUGAAAAUAUUCUAAAUGUAAUGAAUUAGUGAAAAUCUUUAUGUAUAUUUCGUUUCACUUGCAUUUGAUUGUUUGAUAUUAAAGCGUUCAAGGUCACGUUCUAUGUAAGCUAUUUAUUGCCCAUUUUUUAUAAUAAAUGAUUUUUACAUCAA